GCUUUUCGAACUGUUGCCAGUGACAGUACUUCGACCAUGUGGCGGUUGGUUCCUGGAUCAUUGAUUCGCAUUUAGAGAACGUUGCCUCGCACACAGCUAUUCUCGCCGACGCGUACACACGCACACACACGAACACACGCGCGCACACGCGUAACACACACGAGACUAUAUAAUAAUAUACACGGAAUUCGAGCGGAUAUUUUUCGGUUCUCUCGGUUCGACCUCUGAAGUUCUUUUCCUCGUAUCUUGGUGCUACUGUUCCACUUCAGGAGUGUUACGCUCGCUGGAAAAACUGGAGGAAUCAUGGUGUCGACCAGCAGAACGACCUGCCUGCUGCUCGUCUGCCUGAUCGUACUUCUCGGGAUCCUCGAUGACGCAGAAGGCGCAAGAAAAAGAUUUCGGAGGCCGACAACCAGUAGCAGCAGCAGCAGCAGUAGCAGCAGCAGCAGCUCGUCGAAUUCGAACGAUCAAGAGGUCUCCGCCAGCGUGAACAGAUUCAAAGUCACGCGAAAUCGUAUCAGCAACAAGAACAAGAAAAAUGAGAUUCAGACCGGCAAGACGGAGGACUACAAGCUCGUAUGUUACUAUACGAACUGGUCGCAGUACCGUACGAAGAUAGGAAAAUUCUUGCCCGAGGAUAUUCAACCCGAUCUGUGUACGCACAUCAUUUUCGCGUUCGGCUGGCUGAAGAAGAACAAACUGACGAGCUUCGAAUCGAACGACGAAACGAAAGAUGGCAAGGUCGGGCUCUACGACAGAAUUAUCAACCUGAAGAAGGCCAAUCCGUCUUUGAAGAUUCUUCUCGCUAUCGGUGGUUGGUCCUUCGGCACCCAAAAGUUCAAGGAUAUGUCGUCGACGAGGUACGCCAGGCAGACUUUCAUCUACAGCGCUAUACCGUAUUUGCGGGACCGAAAUUUCGACGGUCUUGACAUCGAUUGGGAGUACCCGAAGGGAGGAGAUGAUAAGAAGAACUAUAUUCUUCUGUUGAAAGAACUUCGAGAGGCUUUCGAAGCGGAAGCCCAAGAGAAGAAAAUGCCGCGGCUUCUUUUGACUGCUGCUGUGCCGGUUGGUCCCGACAACGUGAAAAGCGGAUACGAUGUUCCAGCUGUUGCCAGUUACCUGGACUUCAUCAAUUUGAUGGCGUACGACUUUCACGGGAAAUGGGAAAGAGAAACGGGACACAAUGCGCCAUUGUACGCCUCGUCGCUGGAUUCCGAGUGGCAGAAGCAGCUCAGCGUGGACAACGCGGCAUCGAUGUGGGUCCGACUUGGUGCCCCUAAAGAGAAAUUGAUAAUUGGCAUGCCUACCUACGGCCGAUCCUUCACGUUGUCGAAUCCUUCGAAUUUCCGUGUUCAUUCGGCUGCCAGCGGCGGUGGAAAGGCCGGCGAGUACACCAAGGAGUCCGGCUUUCUUGCCUAUUACGAGAUCUGCGAGAUGCUGCAAAAUGGCGCGGCCUACGUGUGGGACGACGAGAUGAAGGUGCCGUAUUUAGUGCAGCACGAGCAAUGGGUCGGGUUCGACGACGAGAAGUCGAUUCGGCUGAAGAUGGACUGGUUGAAGAGCAAAGGUUACGGUGGCGCGAUGGUGUGGACGGUGGACAUGGACGAUUUCAACGGCACCGUUUGCGGCGGCAACGUCAGGUACCCGUUGAUCGGAGCGAUGAGGGAGGAGCUGCUCGGAAUCUCGAGGGGGCCGAACGCGAAGGACGUCGAUUGGACCGCGGUUGCCACCACGGUCACGGAGGUCGCCCUAAAGAAACCGGAGGCCUAUAAAAUAUCGGUGUCCGAUGUCCUUAACAAGGCGAAAAAGAUUCAAAAGCCGGCCACGCAGCUUGUCAUCAACACUCCGCCAAAUGAAAGGGAGGCCCAGUCGAUCUGCUACCUGACCAAUUGGUCCCACAGAAGGCCCGGGGCCGGAAGGUUCAUGCCGGAGGACAUCGAUCCGACGCUCUGCACUCACAUAGUCUACGCAUUCGCGACCUUGAAGAACCACCUGCUCGUGGAGGAGAGCGACAAGGACUCGGAGAUGUACAACCGACUGAUCGCUCUUCGCGAUAAGAAUCCGGACAUCAAGAUAUUAUUAGCGAUCGGUGGAUGGGCCUUCGGAUCAACGCCUUUCAAAGAGCUGACCAGCAAUACUUUCCGGAUGAAUCAGUUCGUGUACGAGGCUAUCGAUUUCUUGAGAGAAUACAAAUUCGACGGCCUGGACGUCGACUGGGAAUAUCCGCGGGGUGGGGACGACCGAGCAGCCUACAUAAAUCUCUUGAAAGAACUCCGACUGGCUUUCGAGGGCGAAGCGAAGAGUUCCGGCCAGCCGAAAUUGCUGUUAUCAGCGGCAGUGCCUGCUAGUUUCGAAGCCAUCGCAGCUGGGUACGACGUACCCGAAAUAUCAAAGUACCUGGACUUCAUCAACGUAAUGACGUACGACUUCCACGGCCAAUGGGAAAGACAAGUCGGUCACAACAGUCCGCUGUUCCCAUUGGAGAGCGCAACCAGUUAUCAAAAGAAAUUGACAGUGGAUUACAGCGCGAGGGAGUGGGUGAAACAAGGCGCGCCCAAGGAGAAGCUGAUGAUCGGUAUGCCAACUUAUGGCAGAUCGUUCACGUUAGUGGACAAAGAGAAGUUCGACAUCGGCGCGCCGGCUUCCGGUGGAGGAACGGCCGGCAACUUCACCAACGAGUCCGGAUUCCUCUCGUACUACGAGGUUUGUGGCUUCCUGAACGAAGAUAAUACGACUCUAGUCUGGGACAGCGAGCAACAGGUACCUUUCGCGUACAGGGAGGACCAGUGGGUCGGUUUCGACGACGAGAGAAGCCUCAUAAACAAGAUGCAAUGGCUCAAAGACGAAGGUUUCGGAGGCAUAAUGAUAUGGUCGGUGGACAUGGACGACUUCAGAGGAUCCUGCGGGGGUGGAAAAUACCCAUUGAUCAAAGCGAUGAAGAAGGAACUGCAAGAGUACAAGGUUAAACUGGAGUACGACGGCCCGUACGAGAGCAACUUGAGAAAUGGAAAGUACACCACCAAAGAUCCGAACGAGGUGACCUGCGACGAGGAGGACAACCACAUAUCUUAUCACCCGGAUAAGAACGACUGCACGAUGUACUACAUGUGCGAGGGCGAGAGGAAGCACCACAUGCCCUGCCCGGUGAAUUUGGUGUUCAACCCUAACGAGAACGUGUGCGACUGGCCCGAGAACGUCGAGGGGUGCUUGCAGCACACGCAGGCGCCGCCGGUGUAGAGAAGAAGAUCGUGAAAAGAGAAAAUUCUAGAUAAAACAAACCAGCAAAGGGGAGUUGUCCCGAUGCUCGCGGCUGCCGAUGUAACAUGAAACGCGAGAACGAAACGCGUUACGGACGUUUAAAGUUAUUCGCGGGACGCGCCCCGACAACCGCGGCGCGUCGCGUCGUCGCUGAACAAAAAUCGACAAUCGAAAGAUCACCCUGGAGAUCGUUUUACACCGAUAAUCCGGCGUUCCUCUUCUUCCAUCCGUUUCCCUUCCUCGGAAUUCGAUGCAUCUCUACCUUUUUUUGUCUGCGCGGCCGCGUUCUCUCUUCGCCUUCCUCUGUCAUUUGUAGAGAAAAAGAACAAAAAACGCACGCUGUCCAACCACCAUGACAAAUUUUUUUUAUGUAAAUAAAAAGAAAUUCUUCGAACGGAG